CUCUCUCUCGAGCAUUUCAAAAACUCUAACCGCAGGAACUUUCCAUUCCCAUUAAUUUAAUACCCCAUUCAUGUCGCAAAUGGGUCCCUCUGCUAGCUUGCAAAUCACAAAGCGAAAAACGACACUUAAAAAUACGUCGUUGCUUCCCGUUUGAAACUUUAAAAGGUUAUCAAGGCACGCCGAUAAUGAUCACCUGCAUUUCAUAAAUACUUGGUUGUACCUGCACUUUCACUCUCAUUCACGAUUCAAAACUUAAAACCAUCAAUGGCUUCCUUCUUCUCCAACGCUCACUCUUCUGCUCUCAUCACUCUCUCGCCAUUGCUUCUUCUUCUUUUAGUUUCAGCUGCCGAAUCGCAGUGCACCAAGAAACCCGUAAUCUUCAACUUCGGCGAUUCCAACUCAGACACCGGCGGACUUGUGGCUGGUCUCGGAUUCCCCGUCAACCCUCCGAAUGGCCGUACUUUCUUUCGCAGAUCAACGGGUCGUUUAUCAGAUGGACGCCUCUUGAUCGACUUCCUCUGCCAAAGUUUGAAUGCGAGUCUUUUGAGUCCAUACCUAGACUCUUUAACAGGAAACAAGUUCACCAAUGGGGCAAAUUUUGCGGUUGUGGGGUCCUCUACCCUUCCUAAAUAUGUCCCAUUUUCUUUGAAUAUCCAGCUCAUGCAAUUCCUUCAUUUCAAGUCUCGCACUCUUGAGCUUGUCACAGCAGGUUCAGAAAGUUUUGUCAAUGAUGAAGGGUUUCGGAAUGCGCUGUACAUGAUUGAUAUUGGGCAAAAUGACCUUGCUGAUUCAUUUGCUAAAAACCUCUCAUACGUGCAAGUUAUUAAGAGAAUUCCAUCCAUAACUAUACAAAUCAAGAAUGCAAUCAAGACUUUAUAUGAUGAAGGGGGUAGGAACUUUUGGAUACACAACACAGGACCAUUAGGUUGUCUUCCUCAGAAACUCUCAUUAGUUCAGCUGAAGGAUCUUGAUCCAUAUGGGUGUCUUUCAAGUUACAAUGCUGCAGCUGCAUUGUUCAAUGAAGCACUGCGCCGUUUGAGCCAAGAGAUGAGAUCUGAACUCAAGGAUGCAAAUAUAGUUUAUGUGGAUAUUUAUGCCAUUAAGUAUGAUCUCAUUGCCAACUCUACCAAAUAUGGUUUUUCAAGUCCUCUAAUGGCUUGCUGCGGCUACGGAGGGCCUCCAUACAAUUAUGACAUCAGGGUAACUUGCGGUCAGCCUGGCUAUCAAGUUUGCAAAGAAGGGUCUCAGUUCAUAAGCUGGGAUGGAAUUCAUUUCACCGACGCCGCAAACUCCAUUAUAGCUUCCAAAGUACUAUCCAUGAAUUAUUCAACACCGCGUCAAAAGUUCGAUUUCUUUUGUCGCAGUUAAUGGUUUCUUUGACAUGAAUUUGUAGUGUUUGAAGUUCCAAGUUAUAUCUACUUUGUCCAAAUUUCAAGAGCACAAUGGCCUUGAAACUUUUGGUUUUUUUGUGGCUUAGCAAUCAAUAAUGAAUGUACCUUCCAGAAAGUGAAAGGGAAAGAAACUUGAAUGGGA